AUGGUGCAGCAUGUUUAUGAAAGUGCAUGUCGCGCGAAAACAUUGGAUGAAGUUAUUGUCGCUACGGAUGACCAACGGAUUUAUGAUGCCGUAAUACGCUUCGGUGGAAAUGUUCAGAUGACCGGUCCAUGUGCAACAGGGACUGAACGAGUCGCCGUCGUCGCAGAGCGUUUGACAUGCGAUGUUGUUGCCAAUAUCCAAGGGGACGAACCGUUGCUUGAACCUGCACAGAUAGACAUGAUGCUGCAACCCUUUAUUGACAGACCGGAGGUACAAGUUUGCACGUUAAAACAGCGGGUUGAAACUGCUGUAGAUUAUCGAGAUGUUAACGUCGUUAAAGUCGUUACAGAUCUUCAGGGCGAUGCGUUGUAUUUCUCGCGUGCUUCUUUGCCUGGAAAGAAGUUCCCAGUGUAUCGGCAUGUCGGGUUGUACGCUUACCGUCGAGAGCAGCUUCUCGCGUUCACGAGAUGGAGCAGUACGCCUUACGAACUCGCGGAGGGGUUAGAACAAUUGCGCUUUUUAGAAUAUGGUGUCCCUAUUCAUGUCGUUGAGACUGAUACGCCACUUAUUGGGGUUGAUGUUCCUGCCGACUUGGAGCGGGUGAAACAGAUCUUGCAGUCUUCAUAA